AUGGCUUCGCCAACCAAUCAUGGCGAAGAGGGUAAUGACCUGCCAUACUCUACCCUCAGUCUUGCCUUUGCUUCAUUGAUAUUCUUGAACAAGCCUCCAGAGCUUAGCGUACGAGAGUUCAUCUACUUUCUUCGAGGGUGCCUUUCCAGUGACUCGGAAUCUCAAAUCAGUCCGUCUCUGCGCAUCUCCAAUGAUACAUACUGGCGAAACGUUUGCAAAGACAAAGACCAAAAGAUCCUCGAGCUUGACCAAAGACUCAUAGACGCCAAUCUCGAAAAUCAACGGCUCUUGGAACAACUUGAAAGGCAGAAUGCCAAUGAUAACGGAAAUAUUAAAGGUAAAGGGAAGGCGAAGCCAUCGACUGCAAACCUCGAACAACAAUCUGCAGAAGCCCAUUUGUUGAAGUGGGAGCCUAUCAAAGACACUUACGAGAAGCUCUCUUCCGGUCAUGAAACAAUCUUCUUCAUACUCCGUUCGCUCCAUUACUCCAAGGAUGCCAAACCCAUCACCGUCAACAUUAUCAAGCUGUGCAAAGCGAUCUCGACUAAAAUUCACACUCUUUGCACGGACGAUAAAGCCAACGCCAACACCAAUGGCCAAACCGGUACCCAACAAGCCCGCAAGACCCGACAAUCGGAUGCCGCGAGGGUAAAGCAAAAGCUCAUGGAUGCAGCUUGGGUAGCAGACGUCACCAAAGCCUUCGAUGACAUCUUCCGACGUCUCUUCAUGUCAAUCGCUCGUUUAUCAACCUUGCUCGAAAAGGAAGAACGUCAGAUCAUCAAUGCGGCACGUAAUGGUGUCACCGAAGCGGUCUCAGAUCUUUUCUGCUCAGUUCUUGAUUCUGUCCAUGCAGCAUCGAGACGAUUCAAUAUCGAAUUCGUUUCAACUUCGAGAGAUGUUAGAACCGGUUGUAUCAAGAUUCUUCAGUCCUUCAUCUCAACCCUUAAUGGUGAAGAUGAGCUCCAGGGUUACAUCCUCGAGGCAAUAAUCUACGUUAUUGUUGAAGCUUCCGGGAAAUGUCUUUGUAUCCCUAAAACAUCCGACACCACGGACCAGGACACACUUGCAAAGGAAGGAAGAUCGCUACGAGAAACUUCAGUCUACGUCCUCAGGCUCCUGAAAAUCACCUUACCACUCUACAGAACCCAGCUUGCCAAUAGCAAAAUCAACCGAGUUACGGGAAGUCCACGAAACGCAAGCCCAAUUAUGGAAGCUGCGAAGCGUAAGUUCCACGAUUAUGUCAUGAAAGGAUUGUUUGGAGAAUUCAAGAAUCCAGAUUGGGACGAUUUGAAGUCUUAUACCAAGGAGAACUUGACGGACAUUGGGAAAUGGGGAGGUGUUGGCAUUCAUGACGAUUUUGCAUUCGUCGAUGAAAAUGGCUUUGCGAAUCAGGUUUGGGAAUUGUUGGAAUUGGAAGAUUUCGGCUUGGUCUGGUGA